AUGUGGACGAGAUGUGGGCGAGAUGUGGACGAGAUGUGGGCGAGAUGUGGACGAGAUGUGGGCAAGAUGUGGGCGAGAUGUGGACGAGAUGUGGGCGAGAUGUGGGCGAGAUGUGGGCGAGAUGUGGACGAGAUGUGGACGAGAUGUGGGCGAGAUGUGGGCGAGAUGUGGGCGAGAUGUGGACGAGAUGUGGGCGAGAUGUGGACGAGAUGUGGACGAGAUGUGGGUGAGAUGUGGGUGAGAUGUGGGCCAGAUGUGGACGAGAUGUGGGCGAGAUGUGGGCCAGAUGUGGACGAGAUAUGGGCGAGAUGUGGGCGAGACCUUUACGAAGGCUUUGCAUGA